AUGUGUCCUUCCAGAAGGUACGGAGGAGUGGGGGCGGGCAAGAAGAGAGAGGAGCCGUUGCGGCCGGCGUUCGAGGUCCUGGACAUGGACGGCGACGGGAGGAUCGGGAGAGACGACCUCAAGAAGUUUUACUUCGCCGCCAGCGAAGCGGCGGCGACGGCGACGGAGGAAUGGGUCGAAGAGGAGGAGGUGAUCAUCCGCUCGAUGAUCGCCGCCGCUGACGCAGAUCGCGAUGGCUUCGUGGCAUUCGAGGAGUUCGAGCGGGUGCUCCUGCGGCGCCGCCGCGGAGACGGUGGAUACGGCGGCGGAGUGAUGGAAGAGGCGUUCCGGGAGAUGGAUCGCGACGGCGACGGGAAGGUAGGGUUCGAGGACCUGCGGGGAUUCAUGGAAGGGGCGGGACUCGAGGCCUCCGAUGACGAAAUCUUGGCGAUGAUCGCCGUCGCGGGAAGAAGCGGUGGAGUUCGAUUUGAUGACCUGUUGAAGAUCUUGGCCGUCGAUCUCGCCUGA